GAGGUCGUGCCUGGUACCCGGCUUUUACCCGCAUGCCGUCGAGCCGAUAAAAAAAUUGCAGUUCCGUUUUUGUCGGAUCGGCGGCUUCAAACUGACCAAUGAACCCCCUAUUGGUUACCCCUAAAAUGUUUACAUUUUGGUUUGCUUUAUAUUUCGGUUUAUAAACAUAAAUUUGUCGCACAACUUGCUAUUUUAUAAGAAUAACCUCGGUUAACGUAGAAGGCCUUGUAUAUGUAGGGUUCCUGUACAGGAUUAUCAACGAUCUCUCUUUGAGGUGUAAUCAACCAUGUCCCUUGUAAUCAGGAGUGUGGUUGUCAUACUGUCACUGUACUGUAUGAUCGAUCAGUGUCACUUCCAUAGCGCUAAAAGACGUACUUCCACCAACAUGACCAAUGGCUGUCCUUGCAACCAGAAAUACAAGGACAUAUCUUUGCUGCCAAAUGUCUUUGAGUCUGCAGAACUUCCGACUGAGGCUUGUUGUCUUCCAGCCGUUGGCAAUGGUUACCUGGCAACAGUUGUCUACAGUGACACCAUCUAUGUGAAUGGACUUUACAAUGGACGUGGCGGUGCAAGUCAUCGAGCAAGGAUUCCAUCCACAGCAGCCAUUAAAAUCUCUUUACCAGCAAAAGUGAACAUUUCAAAGGAGUCAUACUCAUUGGAACUUGAAAAUGGAACUUUUCAUCGUAAGGUUAGAACUGAUGUAGCUUUCAUAGAGCAGAGGAUUUAUGCGCACCAGAAUGUCUCUUACAUUCUGGUUAAUGAGAUUGUUGUCACCAGGACAGGACAACCUACAGACCCUAUAACCCUCAGAUUGAUGAACAAUACUGGGAUAGAUAGCAAAGACAUCAACUUCAAGAUGUCAGCUUCCGAUGAUGGCUCUGGACUGAUGUAUGGCAACACUGUAGAAUCAGAAACCAGCACAAGUUCCACCAUACCAAUUGCUGUCAACUGGACUAUCAUUCCAGACACCAUCACGUUACCGUCAGAUCAAAACACAAAAACUUGGACGUUCAUCACGGCCAUUGGACCUAACAGUACUGUAGCCUCACUUUUCCAAGCGUAUGGUUCAAGUUUGGCAUCAGCUGGAAUGUUGUACAGCAAUCACUACAUGGAAUGGCAGAAUAAAUGGAAUAGUGGCUUAAUGGAAGUUGAUAAUGUGACACUUUCAAAGGCAAUUUAUGGCAGCAUGUACUACAUACUAAGUUCACUUCCCUCCAUCAACUAUGAUGACCAACAGUUCCCCUUCCAUUUCUAUGGCUUAAGCCCUGGUGGCUUGGCUCACGGCCGCUUUGACACUGACUAUGAGGGACAUGUGUUCUGGGAUCAGGAGACCUGGAUGUAUCCCACAAUGCUUAUGUUUCAUCCCAAGUUGGGUAGGACCAUGUUGGAAUCACGAACGUAUCAUCUGGAUGCAGCUAAGGACUUAGCCAAGUCGAGAGGCUACCAAGGAGCUGAGUAUCCAUGGGAGAUGGCUUACACAGGAGCAGAAGUGUGCCCAGCUGAAAUCUACAGUUUGCAGGAGAUCCACAUUAAUGGUGACAUAUCCUUUGCUGUCCAGCAGUAUCUUCAUGUUACAAGAGAUGCUGACUUUUUAAAGAAUCGGCGGGGCUAUGAGAUUAUAUCAGAGCUGGCCAAAUACUGGGCCAGCCGUGUGGAGUACAACAGCAUGUCAGGGAAUUAUGAAAUCCUAGGUGUCAAACCCCCAGAUGAGUACCACUCCAAUGUCAAUAACUCUGUCUACACUAAUGCUGUGGCUCAGAUUAGUCUUCGCUUGCCAGCAUAUGCAGGGAAGUUCAUCAAUGUCACCGCUCCCUCAUCCUGGGCAAAAAUAGCUGAUAAGCUGUUGAUUGUGUACGACAUUCUCCACACUUAUCACCCAGAGUAUGAAGGUUAUAACAUAGGAACCAAAGUUAAGCAAGCUGAUGCAAUUCUGCUGGGCUUUCCACUCAACAUUAAAAUGGAUAUUGAUCCACGCAUUGUUGAUCUACGGACCUAUGCACCUGUAACUGACCCUGAUGGACCUGCUAUGUCAUGGUCCAUGUUCUCCAUUGGAUAUGGGGAAAUACGUGAAUCUGACAAACAAGAUGAGAUGUUCCAACGCAAUUUUAAGAACAUUCAACAACCGUUUAGGAUAUGGACUGAGACAGCAUCUGGGAGUGGGGCAAUCAACUUCAUUACUGGUAUGGGAGGCUUUCUUCAGUCAGUUCUCUUUGGUUAUGGAGGAUUCCGCAUCCAUCCAGAUUAUCUCCUGUUCAAUUUUGUUCUUCCUCAAGGCACAUCCAAGUUUACCGUGAGAGGGCUGGACUAUCUUGGCUCUGAGAUUGACUUCAUUGCCACAGAGAAGACAGUUUUAGUAACAGUAACAGCUCAGCAGCAUGGUGCACCAAAUCUACGAAUGGAAACUGCAGAAGGAGUCAUCAAUGACCUUGUCAAAGGAAAGACUGUGAUGAUACAUCGACUAAGUUGGGUGACCAUCAGGCCUCUAUGAUGGUUCAAUCAGCAUGGCAUUGCAGCAGCACCAUAGACGUGUUAAACUGCAGUGGCAUAGAUUGCAAUUUAUGUUAACACAACAGUUUUAGACAAGAAAGAUUACAUUUUGCCAAAACGUAUCUCUGCCUUUUGAAGUUAACUCUUCCACACUGUAAAAAAGAAACUGAAAAAUAUUUACCCUAAGAAGGUUGAUUUAUCAGCUAUCUGUACUGUCAGCUUUUAUUACCCAACGGGGAUAAUCUCCCCCCAAAUUUACUCACAAUUGUGUAACCAAAGGCCAAUUUUGGAUGAAUUGGUAUUUCCCAACUUCUUUACCCAGCUUUUUUUUACAGUGCAAGCUGUUCAUUCUUUUUACUUGCCUAACUGUUUUGAGGCUUCAAAUUAUGUGCUGGAUGGGUAAAUUUGCACCUCUAAAACCUGACAGCUCUUGUUCAUUUUGUACCUUGCAAUGUUGUAAACACUUGGACCUGUAUUGGAUUUUUGAUAUGUGCAGUUGGUAUUGAUGUGUAUAAUUUGCCCUUACCCGAGUAUUGUAUUUUUUUAAAAAAGGAAUAAUCAUGAUUGUUAUUGAAAUGAGCUAUAAAAUUAUACUCUUGAUUUCUUCUCGAAAACAUUUCUAUUUGAUUUGCUCUCAGCACUAUUAAUUUCUCUGUAUAAAUCAAUUUGAAGAAGAACCUUUAAUAUUAUGUGAACACGAAUAAAGAACUUUUAUUUUGCAAAA